CGAUCCCUCGGCGCCCAGGAGCUCGUCUUGAACUAUGUCCAAAGGAACAGAAAUACUGAUGGAAAGCAACACGCGGGAUCCGGCCGAGGAGAUGCCUCGGUGGGAUGUGGGGAGGCAGCUGUCGGGCAAGAUCCUCUCUCUGGACAGGCGAGAGGCCAAGAAAGUGCUGGAGAUUUAUGUCAAGCGCUCACUGAGCUGCCAUGAAAACUCACUGGUGGCCAAAAAAACCCUUCAGGAGAAAGGUGGAGGGCGAGGGAGGAAAAUGGACAGGCUACAACGGUCAGAAAGUGAUUUCUGCACGUACCCAUGUGUCACACCCAGCCCUAGGAAGGACCAGGAGGAGAGACUCAAAACACCAGGCCCAGAGGAGGCUUUGGAUGACGGCAGCAAAGCUCCCCAGGAGGUGCCUACAGAGGGGCUGAAGGAUAAGAAAAAAAGCACAAAAAACUCUUCCCAGGGCAAAACACAGCACUCAGGUUCAAAACAAGGCUGGCUGAAAGGUUUCUUAAAUCUCUUCUUCAAGAAGAGCCCUGAGGACCAGAAGGAAAACACAGGGCAAAAAGCAAAGGAGAAAGAUGUCAAAGCUCCUCAGGGCUCCAAACCAGAAGGAGCCAGAAAGCACAGAGUAGACUCAAACACGUCCCCAGCGUUGGGCAGAGCCCUGAAGAAGAAACCCAGCCUCAAGAAGGUUUUCUCCCUGAAGAAGCACGGGGAGGAGGAGAGGGCAGAGCCGGGAUCCGGGGCACGGAGCAAGCGCCCCAGCUGCCUCCCCCUACGGCACGUCCUGGCGCCAGCCCAGCCAGAGGCGGAGCGGCCCGAUGGAUACUACACACAAGUGUCCCAGGAGAUCGGGCUGAUCGUGCAGGGCAGCGAGAGCCGGGCGGACGGAGCAGGAGGACAUGGGGAGCCCCCACAGACCCCCGGACCCGACGGGGUCGAUGAAGCUAUCAUGAGAAUUGUUGCCCUGCUCAGGAGUGCAGGAGAUGAGCUGGACAGGCAGGUGAGGGAGGACGCACGGCUGCAGCUCUUCUUCAGGGACAUGUCCUACAGCUCCUUCAAGAGCCUGGCCGACGCCUACGUGCAGAGGGAGCUGACAGCCAGCAGGCCCAACGUCAACCCCCAGGAGAUCCAGUUUGCCUACACAGUCCAUCUCACCGCCACGGUGGCGGGGAUCUGCAGCCAGGCAGUGAACAGGAUCAUGGGCUUCGGCACCCGCUACCUGGACGAUUCCUUCGCGCCCUACGGCAAAAUUCUCCAGCAGAAGAGAGAAAAGCUGAGGACAGACCACUGUGACAGCCCGGACUGAGAGCGGCUGCUGUGAGGGGCCUGUGAUGCCUGGACAAACAUUUCAUGGAGGGAGGACAAUCCCUGAGGUGACUGGGAUCCCCCUGGAUGUGGGGUGAACUUCUGGACAGGGGAUUUAAAAUCUUUUAAGGAAAACCCUCAGGACAGUGCCAGCAGUGUGAAAUGCUUGAACCCCACCUGGCGGGGGGGUGAAGAGUCUGUAAAUCAGAGCCCACAUUUCACCCUGUAUUUCUAUUUUAGCUCCUGCCAAGUGCUUGUGUUGAACCUCAGGGGCUGUUGCUCUUUGUUGCACAUGUAUUUAUUUACCUGCUUUUCUAAAUGUAUUUGUGAAUGUACAACAUAAUUUUUGUAGUUUCUGCUACCAGCCAAGAAUUCAGUUUGAAAAAAAAUCUAAAACUCAAAUAAAUUGGUACCUAAAUGCCAGCCA